AGGUGUAUAGUUCUUCCUUUAAAUUGGUUACAGGCAUUUUUGAAGAGCACUGUUAUACUAGGAAACGAUCCGAAACAUUGGACGCAUAAGACCAUUCAUUACUGAAGACGCCUGCAAGACUUUGGUCAGUUCGCUAGUGACUUCUCGUUUAGACUAUGGAAACGCCCUUUUCUAUGAUGUUAAUUCUGACAUAGUGUCAAAGUUACAGCGUGUGCAGAAUUCAGCAGCACGGCUGAUUACCAGAACUAAGAAAAAUGAGCACAUAACACCAGUUUUAGUGAAACUCCAUUGGCUUCCAGUACAUUUCAGGGUUCAGUACAAAGUGUUAAUGUACACAUUUAAAGCUCUCCACGGUCUUGCACCUGUCUACCUUGAAGAACUGGUCAGCCCAUACAAUCCAUCAAGGUCUUUACGAUCCGAAAACGCCAUGCUUAUUCAAACACCAAAGGUUAAGACCAAAACGUAUGGCGACAGAAGGUUUGACAAAGCAACCGCCACACUCUGGAAUAACCUUCCAAGUUACAUCCGCAACGAAAAUUCUUUCCAACUUUUCAAGAAAAAUUUAAAAACUUACUUCUUCAGACUUGCUUAUCACGAUUCUAUGUAAGCCAUUUCCAGUGACAGUAUUAAUAUUCUUUUUUUAUGAAACCUUUUUGUAUGUAUUUUCUGUAGUUUAAUCACGAUUUUGUGUAAACCAGUGCUAGAAUUCAUAUUCUUUUAAUGAAACGAAUAUUUUCUUUUUUUUACACUGUUUUAGAUAUGUUCAAUUUUUAAUUGUAGUUUAUUGUUGUUUUAAUGUAAAGCGCUUAGAGUAAUUUUUUUAUUAUUAUAUAAUACGCUAUAUAAAUACUGUAAAUAAUAAUAAUAAUAAAAAAAAAAUUAUGAUAUCUUAUAAAAGUUAUAAAUAUAUAUCUUACAAAACAUAUAAGAUAUAUCAAAUUGAUGUUUUAUAAGAUAUCUUAAUUAUAAAGAAAAAAUAUAAGAUAUCUCAUAUCCUUUAUAUAACAUAUCUUAUAAAGGAUAUAAGAUAUCUCUUACACCAGCUUUAGAAGAUCUAACUUUUUAAAGAUAUCUUGUAAAAUUCAUGAGAUAUCUUAUAAAAUUUAUGAGACAUUUUUAAAGAGGAAUAAAUGUAAAAACGGCGUGCCAUACAUUUAAUGAGAUUAGCAGAGGGGCUUCCUUCCAGUCUGUUAAAUAUAAGUUUGUAAAAGAAAACAUCGUAUAUCUUAGUAUCUUAAAAUAUAGAUACGCUAGCUUUUUUUCUUUCUUUUUUCUUCUUUCCCAUAUUCAUUUUUUUUUUACAAAGAUAUACACAAUAUGCUCCCUCGAAAAUGAUAUAUGAGAUUUUUUUCCCUUGAAAUUUUUAUUUGAAUGUUACUUUUCCCUUCUUCCUGGAGAGAGAGAGAGAGAGAGAGAGAGAGAGAGAGAGAGAGAGAGAGAGAGAGAGAGAGAGAGAGAGAGAGAGAGAGAGAGUUUGUUUGUGUGUGUGUAACAAAUAUAUUUUCCUUGCAUUCAAAAAAUAUCACCGAUGCAUAUAUUUUUUUUUAUGUCAAUGUGAAUUAUGUAUAUCCACUCUCUUGCUGGUUAUUAGCCUAUCCAGUGUAGUCAUAUCCGGUUGAAUUUCUUUGAUUUCCGGUUUGUGAAUGGACCAAAUAGAAAUAGCUCAGAGGAAAAGCCCACUCAUGUCAAGUGCAGAAAUUACGAUAGAUAAUGCAGACUGAUGUGAUUUCACUGGUUGUUUAAACUAUUCUAAGAGAACAUGUCGGACCCGGAACGUCAGGACAGAGGGACUAUGCCACAAAGAGGAAAAGUGGCAAAAGUCCGCCAAGAGUUCAUGAUUCAUGAAGAUGGGGCUAUAGCAUAUCAGGAACAAAACGAAGAAUUUGAGAGACACUACGGACUGAACAGAUUCAACAGAAGAACUGUACGAGAAGAUAUUCCUGUAGCCCGUGUUGUACAGAGCGAUGAGGAAUGCCGGCGACAAGAGGAGAGAUACCAAGAGUUACAGGCCCUGAAUGCACAAGCUGAAGAAGAUGCUGAAAUAGCCAGGAGACUGGAAGAAGAUCUCGUAGGAGAAGAAACAGCUCUGAAGCGACAGCGAGAAUUACACGAUGAGGAUAUUGCUAGGAAAGCUUUUGAAAAAGAACAACAAAGGUAUGAGAAGUACAUGGAAAAGAAGAGGAUAAAAGAUCUGAAGAGGGAGAGGGAGAUCUUAGAGCAACAACUUCAGCACCAUUCAGAGGAGGCAGGGCUGUCAACCAGGGCACUCCCCCCAGAUGUGGAGAGUGCUAAUAAUGCAAUGAGAGAAGUAAGGCUGAACAAUGGUGUGGUAGACAGACAACCCCCAAGCUACCAACAAUCAAGAGUGACCCAUACUGGAAGAAUUGAAGAUGAUGGUGAUUUUUCAGACUUUUAUCCAGUUCUACCAGAUCAUGUGGAUGACAAGCAGAGAAAAUUUAUUCAGGAAACAGCAGAUGAGGAACUAGCUCGUUUAUUACAAGAGCAGGAACACAAGAGAAACAAAGCCAAAGUGGAUCGCAGCAAGUUGAGAGAGAUAGAAGAGCAAGAUGAAAGACUUGCCAAGAUCAUUCAAGAACAGGAAAAAAUCAAAUUAAAGAAAGCGAAACAGAAAAAGAAAAAGGAGCAGGAGGAGAGGGGCCGACAACAGCAAGUUACAAACCCUGCUACAAGGCCACUUCCUGAUCUACCAGGUCAGAGAUCAGAGAUUCCAGUUCAAAGGUCACGUGAUCACCAUAGGCUACGCAGAGACAGUUUUCUCCAAUCUCUGAACAAUGGACCAGGAGAUAACUCUGGAAAUCAGAGGGGUCAAAAUAAUUACAAUUCCAGUGCACAUUCCUCCCAAGAUGCUUACAGUUCCUCCCAAAGGCCUAACAUUUCCCAAAGUGCCCCUAGAAUGGACCAGAGGUUACCUUCUCGGGGAGACAGCGCGGCUAGCAGUGUUCGAAACGUGGAAAGGUGGCUGGAGAAUUCGGUGAUAGAAUCUCAGGGUCCUCCUCCCAGAGGGAGGAUUCACUCCGACAGAUCAGACUUCAGUGACCAUGUUCCCUCCCCCUCCCCACCUGGCAGCUACCACAGUGAUGAGGAAAUACCUUACAGACCACCCCCACAAAAACAGAAGGUCUCCUCACGACCCCCAGAAGAAAACCACUAUGCAGUCAGUAACCCUAUGCCAUUCAACAUAGCAGCAGCUAUUGACCCCACCUACCACCGCCGAGCUCACGAAUUCCAACCAGACGAGACAGAAGCCAAAGUCCCUGUUACCCUGGCCAGCUCACUGCCGAUCACAGACACGGAACUAGAAUGGGAUCCCUCGCUACGUGGAAGCCUUAGGCGACCAAAGGGAACUUGGAAUCAAAUGGCCUUUCAGCGAGGAUAUUUUGGGGAUACUGGGGUUUCAAGAGAUGACAGUUUCUCACAAGAAGGACCCGUUAUAUCACCAUGGCAACCCGUACAAGGACAAAAAAGAUCAACUUUAGAUAAACAGAAGAGAGCGUCUACUGGUAAUGCUAAGCAUGACAAAGUGAAAGGGAACUGCAAGCAGCAGUAAGGGGAAAUAACCAAGCCAAACAAGGGGACCAAAAGGGUAGUUGCGCAAUAAUGUAUUGUCUAUUUUGUAGUCAUUGCAACUGUCUAUCCUGUAGUCAACAAAGUGUACAUAUAGGAGUGUUCAUUUCAAUACAUGAUGCACUGUUUCCUUGACACACAUACAAAUGUACGAUUUAAAAUUUCUGCUGUACAUUUAGUGUGUGUAAAGAAGUUGCUGCAGCAACGGCAGAUGCUUAGGUCGGUUUGGCUGUUGGAGAUGUUGUUCUUGUGAUUUUGGUUCUCUCCAUAAAAACAUGAUACUGCACUCAUUUAAUGCUAGAUUUUGUCUCGAAUACUCUACACCUAUGAUGUAUUCACAGCUUUAAUAAGUGUUCAUUUUUCACAUCUUUUCCAAAUAGACCAUGAGCUUUAUUAUGUGUAGGUGGCAGGUGAAUAAAGAAUACUUCAAAACUUUAUUACAGAAGCUAGUGGAAACAAAUUCAUAAAUGAAAUUCUUAUAGAGACUGAAUUAGCCUCUUUUACAUAGUUAGGAUCUAUGAAAAGUCAGUUUGCUUCAUUGUUCAAGUACAAGGUAUUUUUGUUUUAAAAUUCAUGUAGAAUAAUGAAAAGCAAAAGUUAGAAAUAAGGAAAAAUAAUUUCAUAUAACAGUGUCUUCCAAAUGUUUUGAUAUUAUGACUUCUAAAUAUAAGAACUUACAAUGUAUUUCUCCAAGUAGUUAUGUAUUUUCUCGGAGUAGAUGCUUCACAGUAUUGCUUGGUGUAAAUUUUGGUAUUAAAUAAAGCAGAGCUUUGUGUAUGUAGGUUUUGGGGUCUGCUAAAGUUAUGACAUUUGUGCAAUAUUUAUUGUAUGAUAUUCUCCAUUUUUCCUCAUUAUCUGGUUUAAAAAUGCAAAUGAAGAUGAGUUUUGAAUUAUAGAAGGAAAUUGCAGUUUUCUGGUAUAUAAGCUGAUAAAAAAAAAACCAAACCUGUAAAAAAAAAUUUUAAAAUUAUGUACAUGUACUGGCAUAUUGUGGAUGUUGUGUGAUAGGAUAUGUUGCAAGUGAAAAUUAUUCCGAAGUAUUGAAAUAUAGUGCUGUGAUAGAAAUGUUUAUGUGUUAGAAUUGAAUUUAUACUAUUGAAUUUUGUUUGAUCAGUUGCUAAAGUAAGUGAAGAGGCAAAAGAACUGUAGUAUCGGAAUAUUCAUUUACCACUUGUUAUGUAUAUCCCACACUUAGAAAUAGAAAUAAAUAAUAAUAGGUGAAGUAUUUUGUAUAUAAACAAACCAUAAAUCAGCAGGUUUCAGAAUAAUUUUAUUUUUAAAUGUUUGCAUAUUAUACAUAGUUCUUCAUUGAGCAUUUGAAAACUUACAUGUUUGAAGUGAAAUUAACAAAUUGUACUAAUAUCAUCCAAUCUGAAAAAGUCAAAUGGACUUGACCUUAAAGUUGUCAUGCUACGUGUUUGUGUCAAUCUGUCAGGUGUUUGAAUUCAUUUUUUAGUCAUUAUAUAGAUUUAUUUAUUCUUGUUUUGUUUGGACGUGUAUUACUUGUGAACAUUUUACACACUUUACAUUUAUAUUUGUAGUUGUAAUAUCAUGUAUACAAUUUUUUCCUGAUAAAUUCAAUAUAAAUAUAUUCAAUUAAAAUUUAUGAUAGCC